AUGGUUUUGAUGGAUGUCGAUGCUAGAAUCGAUGGGUUGACGCUUGGUCAACAUGCUGGUUACGAUUUCCCUGAGUUUGCUGCACCAAUUGAUGAUUUUGUUUUACCGCUGAAGGCUAAUGAGCCACCGUCAACUGGUCAGGAUCACGGAGCUACCGGAUACGAUUUUCGUUCAUACCGACCCCAAAACACCGCUAUAGACCUCGACGAGUUCGACCGACAACGCGAGAUGAGUGAGCAGCGUAGAUUGGCCGCCCUAUGGGCGAACGCUGCUCGCGAAAUCGAAGCUGAAACAAACAAACUCAAAAACAAUACCUACUUCCUGUGGGACCCAUCAUCAGCCAUCGAAAAUGUCGACAAAGUGACGGCUCUCUCAGAAUCAUUCGAAGACUUACACCCCGUGUUCCUCAAUGGUAUAAAGGACAGAAAACGCCUUGAAUUUGUCGAGGUGAAAUACCGAGAACUUAAAGAAAGCAUGAUGCACAUCAUCCAGGAAUGCAGGAUGCGGAUGCAAACUGACCGACAAGGACAGGCACAGGAUGAUAAUGUUUCCGUUGAGAGCUAUGGUUCCCAAAGAUCGCAACGCAGAUGUACCUUCUCAACGCUCUCCCCCACUGCUACUAAGAGAGGACUUACGUUACGCGGCAGAACAACAGAUAGAACGACCUGCCCCCAAACCGUCAAUAAGACACGUGGGCGGAGCUACGACGACAGCGCCAGGACGAGUACCGAGAAAUACCGAGUGCCGCAGGAGGACCCCAUAGCGGCAAAGUGGAAGAUUCAGUUGCUGAAUGGAUUCAGGCCCAGGCAGUUUAGCGGUAAACCUUCGGGGUUCCCAUUCUUUUGUGCUCAGAUCAAAAAUCAUCUUGAGGGUGAUCUGCUCAUUGACGCUCAGAGAGUGGAAUAUCUCCCUAAGUUCCUGAUCGGAGAUGCCCUCGAAGUCCUGAAAAGAAACAGGGGAUGCUCCUAUGAAACGAUUGUGCAAGUACAAUUCAUUUAUUAUUGAUUUCACAACAUCUUCGAAUGCCGUGCCAUCUUAACUAACCCUUCAUUAAUUUCCUAGUUACAUAAAUUCAAGAGGCAAAAAACAUUGUUUAAUGGA